GUCGGCCCUCAGCCGCCGCUCGGCGGAGCCCUGCAGGCGGCGCUGUGAGGGCGGCGGCGGCGCGGUUUCCUCCCGCGCGGGAUUGACAGGCCGGGCCGGGGGAGGAGGAGGGAGCGGCAGCGAGAACCCGUAUCGCCCCGCAUCCCGCCGCGCAAUCCGCCGCCAUCCGCCGCGCCCCGCGCCCAUCGCCGCUCGGCACCCGGCUCCUCAGGCGCUCCCGGCUCCCAGCCACCCCCGCAGGCAGAUUGGGAGCGGCGCAGAGAAAUUUCCUUACUAGAUGACAUUUCAUCGCAAUGUCCGAUCGUUUGGGGCAAAUAACCAAGGGAAAGGAUGGGAAAAGCAAGUACUCGACUCUCAGCCUGUUUGAUAAGUAUAAAGGAAAGUCAAUAGAAGCUAUCAGAACUACAGUUAUUCCUAGACAUGGCUUACAGAGUCUUGGAAAAGUUGCUGCUGCUCGGCGCAUGCCACCUCCUGCAAACUUGCCUAGCUUGAAGUCUGAGAACAAAGGAAACGACCCCAACAUCGUUAUAGUACCCAAAGACGGUACAGGAUGGGCAAACAAGCAGGAUCAAUCAGACCAAAAGAGUUCCAGUGCGACGGCUGCACAGCUGCAGGAGUCGCUGCUGCAGCAGGGUUUGCAGAAAUCUGUCUCCAAUUUACAGAAGCCGACACAGUCAAUCGCUCAGGAGAGUACAAAUUCAGUGCCAGGUGGACCAAAGUCAUGGGCACAGCUGAAUGGAAAGCCAGCAGGACUAGAAGGUGGUUCAAGGGCCUCAAGCCGACUGUUAUCCUUCUCUCCCGAGGAAUUUCCGACGCUGAAAGCAGCUGGCGAGCAGGACAAGGUUGGCAAAGAAAAGGGCGCCUUAGAUCUGUCGUAUGGGCCAGGACCAAGCCUCCGCCCCCAGAAUGUCACAAGUUGGAGGGAGGGCGGUGGGAGGAACAUCACCUCUGCCACAUCUCUGACCGCCUCCCCUGCUGAGCUGGGCAGCAAGACCUCAAGCACUGGAGACGGAGCCCCCUCCUCAGUGAGUGCCAGCGAUGCGAAGGAGCCGUCCCUCCGCCCAGCUCAGCCUGUCCGCAAAGGGGCUUCGCAGUUCAUGGGAAAUGUCUACCAGCCACCUACGUACCAUGACAUGCUACCUGCUUUUAUGUGUCCACAACAGCCAUCUGAGACCCCUGCACCAUUGGACCGAGGGUCUUUCCCUGUUCCUCAGCUUCGGCUUGAGCCCCGUGUCCCUUUCAGACAAUACCAGAUGAAUGACCAGGAUGGAAAAGAGAACAGGCUUGGCCUGUCUCGCCCAGCACGUCCACUUCGGCAGCUGGUAGAGAGAGCGCCUCGACCCACCAUCAUCAACGCAGAGAACCUGAAGGGGCUGGAUGAGCUAGAUAACGAUGCGGAUGAUGGAUGGGCAGGCAUUCAUGAUGAAGUGGAUUACUCUGAGAAACUGAAGUUUAGUGAAGAUGAAGAAGAAGAAGAAUCUCUUAAAGAUGGACGGCAGAAGUGGAACAGCUGGGAUCCCAGAAGGCAGCGGCAGUUGUCUAUGAGCUCUGCAGACAGUGCAGAUGUCAAACACACCUUGGAGGAAGGAAAAAACUGGAGCGACUCAGUUGGUUUGUCCCGAUCAGUCCGGAAAGUGCAGGAUUCACAGCAGCCUCCAAGGAAGAUCAAUGGCUGGAACUCUACGUCUGAAUACCAGAAGCCCUCACAGGGAAGUGCUCUCAGACAGCAGUCCCUUGAAGAUAAAGAAGAAAAAGUGCCAGUGAGACAGAAGUUUGUGCACUCUGAGAUCUCUGAGGCUGUUGAACGAGCCAGGAAGCGACGGGAGGAGGAGGAGCGGCGAGCCAGGGAGGAGCGGCUGGCAGCCUGUGCUGCCAAGCUGAAGCAACUUGAUCAGAAAUGCAAACUGGCUCAAAAGAGUGGGGAGACCCAGAAACACACAGAGAGUGAAGACCUGCGACCCCCAAACACAGAGAAAACUGCCGUGCAAGAAAAUGGUCAUGUUUUGCGUAGAGCAACCCCUGAGUUUCACACACAGGAUGUCUCUGGCUAUCUGGAAGAGGAGACUCCUGCCCCAGCAGCACCCCAAAGCAGCAGUGAGGAGGAGCUCAGGGAAGCUCCAUCGCCAGCACAGGAAUUCAACAAAUACCAGAAGUCUCUUCCCCCACGAUUCCAGAGGCAACAGCAGCAGGAGCAGCUGUACAAGAUGCAGCACUGGCAGCAGCAGCAGCAAGUCUAUCCUCCCCCAUCCCAUUCCCAUCGAACUUUCUACCCACCACACCCCCAGAUGCUUGGCUUCGACCCUCGCUGGAUGAUGAUGCCCUCUUACAUGGACCCUCGCAUGGCUCAGAGUCGCACUCCUGUGGAUUUCUAUCCUUCAGCCCUUCACCCUUCAGGAAUUAUGAAGCCCAUGAUUCAGCAGGAAUCCAUCGGUGGGAACAGCCUUCGAUCUGAAGAUCAGAACUGUCAGGCAGGUCAGGUGGAAAGGAAGGCUGCUCCCAUGGACCCUGUGCCAGUAUGGGGCCAGGAGAGCUAUGCAUCUCUGCAGAGCAAAGGGUACUCCCUGUCGCAUCAAAAGCAGUCUGACAACAUGACCAUGGAGGGGCUGCAUGCCAGAAAUGGCAGUUCUUACUCUUCCUCUCCUGGAAGGCCAGAGAAUCUGAAUGCCCAGCGAGAUCUCUUUGAGGAAGGAGGGGAGGAAUACUUGAAUGCUUUUGAUAAGAAGGCCCAAGGAGACUUUGACAGCUGCCUGUCUUCUCAGAGGCUGGGCCAAGAUCUCUUAUUUCAACAUCAGGAGAGUGUGCAGGAAACUUGUCCUUCCAGCAACCGCCAUGCAAACUUGAGGUGUUCACCUCUAGAGCCUGAUUUUAUCCAAGCAGAGAAGAAACCUGAAUAUAAUGGCUGGGACAUCAGCCACCAUCAGAAACCUUCAGAGACUGCGGCGGAGAUUACAGAAGAAGUUCCCAGAAAUGAGCAGUCAUUCACUGCUGACCCGUGGAAGAAAGAAGGAGCUAAUGCCAAACAGCCUGCUGAAGAGACAGCAGAGUGGGCCCCUGAAAACCGAAGCACAGGUGUUCAACAGCAGGAGCAAAUUGGGAGGACACGACGAUCAGGCCCAAUCAAAAAGCCAGUGCUGAAAGCCCUCAAGGUGGAGGAGAAGGAGAAGGAGAUGGAGAAGGUCAAACUGGAGGGAGAGGACACCUCACGCCAUCUGAAGGAGAAACUGACUGUUCAGAAAGCGGAAAACGAAUCGGACGAUUCUGCGGCCUUACUGAACUCCACACGUUACCUGCUGGAUGACAAAGGCUCUUCCCAAGCCAGCCUUGCCCAAGAGGCUGAGAAGUCGCAAGAAGAAGAAGAGGAGGAGGAGGAGGAAGAUAAACCAGAAAGAACCUGGGAGAACAAGCUUUCCAGAGAGUCCAGUGAUCUUCCUCCCACAAAGAGAAAUAACUGGAUCUUUAUUGAUGAAGAACAAGCCUUUGGUGGGAGAGGUCAAGGGCGUGGGCGAGGGAGAGGCUUCAGAGAAUUCACUUUCAGGGGCCGAGGCACUGUUGUGAGCAGUCGGGGAGUCUACAACAACCAGCGGAGCAGCCGAGGGCGAGGGCUCCGGGAGUUCAACCAGCCAGAGGACUUCCCCAGGGGCAAGCCAAGGCGACGGAUUGCAAGUGAGACGCAUAGUGAAGGGUCAGAAUAUGAGGAACUCCCCAAACGUCGCCGUCAGAGGGGCUCAGAGAACAGCAAUGAUGGCUCUGUGCUGGACAGAGAGGACAGUGAUUUGAAGAAGGGAGACUUCAAAGAGUCUUGGAGGUCCAACAAAAUCUAUUCAGAUGAUCACACUAGUCUCGACCCUAAGAUGAGGGCCCCGAGAGCUUUUGGGAGGUCACUGCCACCAAGGCUAAGCAACUCUGGCUAUGGGCGAAGAGGUUUCAUGGGCAAGGAACCAACCCAGUGGCAAGGCAGGAGUGGGGGAGCGGGGUGGCAGGAGUACAGCCACAGCUCUCCAUCAGAUGCUUUUGGAAGCCGGCAACAGUCUGACAGGGACUACAUUCAGGAUUCUUACAAGCACGUGGAUUCUUUCUCUAGCAGGGUUUUUGAUGAGAGCCAUCUGGAUGACAAGAGGCACUUCUUCCAGGAGGAUUACUUAGCAGAUCAGGAGAACAUAGAGAACAGGCCAUUCAGGAGACGACGUCCCCCCCGUCAAGACAAGCCUCCACGCUUCAGACGCCUCCGGCAAGAGCGAGAAUCGGUUGGUCAGUGGAACCCUGACGAGGGAGGCCCCAACCUGCUGCCCAGCCAGUGGCCAGGACGGCCCAAACUGAGCACUGCAGAGAAGAGCAGCAUCUCGGGCAGGCGGUCUCCUGAGCUGUCGUACCAGAACUCCUCAGACCACGCCAAUGAGGAGUGGGAGACAGCAUCUGAAAGCAGUGAUUUCAGUGAGCGUCGGGAGAGGCGAGAUGGAGUUUCGGAGAGUGAGGGCCAGCUGGAGAGUGGCCUUGGGAGUGGCAGCUUGGGAGAGAAGAGAGAGCUAGCAAAAAGGAGCUUCUCGAGCCAGAGGCCACUGGUGGACAGGCAGAACCGCAAGGCUGAGCCAGCAGGAUACGUGGAGCAGUCUGUCAGGACUGUAGGAGCAGCUUCACGAUAUGAGAGCCAGCAGAAUGGGGCACUCAUAAAAAGUAAAAGAUCUACUGAAGAAGGAGGGGGCCUUGGCAACACCAGUGGUGGGAGCAGCCACUCCAUUUACAGCCUGGAUAGGGCCUCUCUUGCUAACUCAGAGAGCGCUGAAGGGCCGGGUAAAAAGUCAGAGAAGGAGCCAAAGUCCACUGUGCAGAGAGCAAGCGAAAAGGGAGAGACUUUGUCACAAUUUGAACUGAAUUAUGGAAGUACCAUCAUUGAUAAUCGGGCAUCAAACACAGCAGAAGAGAAUGAAGUGGGAUCUAUGGCGGGUGAAGGUUUCAUUGAAGUUCUUACUAAAAAGCAACGUCGUUUGCUGGAAGAGGAGAGAAGAAAGAAGGAGCAGGCUGCUCAGGCACCAGCUAAGGCCCGCGUUCUUCAGUCUCGCAUUCCUCCUCGAUUUGCUAAGAAGCAGAACAGCUUGUGCUUGGAGCAGACUGAUGUAACUGUGUCUGGAAACAGCCUGGGCACAGAAAUCUGGGAGAGCAACAGCCCAGCUCUUUCAGUUCAGUCUCCUGGAAGUGAUUCCUGGAGCAAGCCUGUUAAUACCUUCAAUGGUACUGAAUCUAGUUCCACUGAGCAGGGUUUUAAAGGCAGCCAGGGGGAUAGUGGCAUUGACUUGAGUGCGGAGUCUCGGGAAUCCUCCGCGACCUCCUCUCAGCGCAGUUCUCCAUAUGGCACCCUCAAACCAGAGGAGAUGAAUGGGGCUGGCCUGGUGGACCCAAAGCCUGACUGCCAGAAGGAGCAAGUGCAGAAGCAAUCUGAUAAAAAGGAUUCAGAUCAAGGCUCAGGACAGAACAAGGAACACAAGCCUGGACCAAUCGGCAACGAACGCUCCCUGAAAAACAGAAAGGGUUCGGAGGGAACGGAACGGCUGGAAGGGAAUAUUCCCCCUGUUAAUGGGGUGGAAAUUCACGUGGAUUCUGUACUUCCUGUGCCACCCAUUGAAUUUGGAGUAAAUCCUAAAGACUCUGACUUCAGCUUGCCACCUGGUUCUGCUUCUGGCACUGCAGCUAACCCUGUCACCAAAUUGCAGGAUGCCUUGGCCAGUAAUGCAGGGUUAACGCAGUCCAUUCCUAUUCUGCGAAGAGAUCAUCACCUUCAGAGGUGCAUUGGCCUGAACCCGAUGUCCUUCCCCACUGCAGAGCUUACUCUUAAGAUGGAGUCUGCUCGUAAGGCUUGGGAAAACUCUCCUAGUUUACCAGAACAGAACUCUCCAGGAGGUGCAGGCUCAGGCAUCCAGCCUCCUUCCAGUGUUGGAGCUUCCAACGGUGUCAGCUACAGCUCUUUUGGUGGAGUUUCUAUGCCUCCUAUGCCUGUGGCGUCCGUAGCACCUUCUGCAUCUAUUCCAGGUAACCAUAUUCCACCCCUGUAUCUGGAUGGCCACGUGUUUGCAAGUCAGCCCCGCCUGGUUCCUCAGACAAUACCUCAGCAGCAGAGCUACCAACAAGCGGCUGCUGCUCAACAGAUUCCCAUUUCCCUCCACACAUCCUUGCAGGCCCAAGCUCAGCUUGGCCUGAGGGGUGGUCUGCCUGUUUCUCAAUCCCAGGAGAUGUACAGCUCCAUACAGCCCUUCAGGUCUCAGGUGUAUAUGCACCCCAGUCUAUCUCAGCCCAGCACCAUGGUCCUGACAGGAGGCACUGCUCUAAAGCCUCCGUAUUCCGCCUUCCCAGGCAUGCAGCCCUUGGAGGUGGUGAAAACCCAGUCUGGAUCUCCCUAUCAGCCCUUGAAUGGAAGCCAGGCGCUGGUUUAUGAAGGCCAGAUAAACCAAGCAGCUGGUAUGGGAGCCUCCCAGAUGAUGGACUCCCAGCUUACCCAGCUAACGAUGCCUGUGCCUGGCUCCCAGCUUCCGCUGCCUCGCUACGGCUCUGGCCAGCAGCCCCUGAUUCUGCCACAAUCCAUCCAGCUUCCUCAGGGGCAGAACCUGUCUGUAGGAGCUCCCCGAAGAAUUCUUCCUCCUGGAUCACAGCCUUCAGUUCUUGCUGCCAGCAGGGAGUCCUCCCAAAUGGAAAUGAAAGGCUUUCAUUUUUCUGAUGGUAAACAGAACAUGUCCUCCGGAGGGUCUGUACCAUCACCACAUGCAUACAGAAUUUACUCCAUGAAUGUUGUCGACUCUUCGAUUUCCAGGCCUAGCUCUGCCAGCCCAAAUGGGAAGCCGUCUGGACCAGCAGUUAGUAUGGGCUCUGUGCAAGGACACUAUGUGCAACAGGCAAAGCAACGGGUGGAUGAAAAUAAAGCCAACCUGGGAGCAGUAAAGCUGCAAGAAACAGCCUCCACGAGCCAGAUGAAACCAGUGCGCACAGGAGCGAUCAAACCUCAGGCUGUAAAAGUGGAGGAAAGCAAGGCCUAGGAGCACAGCUGAUGCCCAGCUGCUGGCUGACAGCCCCAACAGCUGAGACUGAACCCCACUGGAUCUCCUGAAAAUCUCACCAGACCUACACCUGCCCCACACUGACUGACUACAGUGACAUCAUCCCAGUCCUUCUCUCCUAGCAAAGCAGUUUGAAACAGUGGAUAUGACAUUGACCUGCUUGCUUUGAAACAAACCAUGUGACUUUUAAGUGGCUUAAGCCUUUUUUUUUUUUGUCACCCCAUGCCCCAUCCACAGGUAGCUGUGAUAGCUCACUUGGCAAAGCCCAUCCUUCUCCUUCCCUACUUCUGUCUCAGCAGAGUGGCAACUGAAGGAGAGGGUGUUACUUAGAGGUUUUUCAUUUUAAAGGCAGCUGAGGUUUUUACAGAGAAAAAAAAGCUAUAUCCUUGUUUAUAGCAGAACUUUUAUAUGUUCUCUCACUUUUUUCCCCUUCUUUCUGCUUUCCUCAUUCCUUCCAGAAGAGAAGUCCCAUUGACUAAAAAAUAAUGUUCUGACAGAACUCCUCCUGAUUUUUGUAUGUAGUUUUGUGCAAUGCUGAGAAUCUAUACUCUUCUAAAUUGAGUUGGAUUGGGUAUAUUUUCCCCAGACAGUUUAGCCUUUCAGAUUGAGUAAAAGCAAAACAAACAACCACAGUACACUUAUAACGUUCAUGAAUUUUUCAGUAUUUUUGUUUUAAGCUAGAAGCAGUGCUUGCAUUAGAAUAAAUGUGUCCUAAAGUACGUAGUAGAUCAGUGCAUUAAUCUUGAAAGUUGCACCACGUUAAUUGUAGCUUUGGGGUGCCUUGUGCACAACAAAAUGUGGCAUUUUCGUUUUAAGGAAAAACGCACCAGACUUCUGUUGCAGGCUCCUCUGGAUUUAGGGUUUUUUGUUCGUUUUUUGUAGGUUUGAGAUUUCUUUAGUGACUGCCAAACACGCAGCAAAAUGUAAAUCAUGGACUUGCAAAAUGUAAAAUCUUACGAGAAAUCUCCUCACCACUCAUGGGUCAGAAGAGUUGGCUAGAGCCAACGAGUUUGUUUGGACUACUUUUUGUAGUUGUGAUGCUCUCUUAUGCUCCCUACUUUGGCUGCUUUAGUUCCUUGUCUCCUGAGACUUGUUCUAUAUUGUGCUUAUCCGUCGGGGCUGCUCUCCUAAGCUUUGUUCUUCUCCCUUUUCCCUAGGUUCCUCUCAUGGCCUCUUGUAAUAUUUGCUUACAAACAUUAGUAAGGGAGCUCCUCUGCAAGGCAGCCUUUUUAGCACACUUAGAACCUCCUUUUUUUCUAUUGGAAGCGCAUGGAUUCAGAGUCAGUUUGGAAUCAUCCUUUCGAUCUCCUUCCACAGGUGAACAGCAAGUGGUUCUUUAGUUUUGAUGUAAUAGUGUGUAUACUGUGUCGCAACCUUACACUUCCUCACCAGUAUUUAUUUGAUGGUAAAUGAAAGGAGGGUCCCAGUGGGAGUGGGUUGGGCUUUUAUUUUUUUGGUUGGUUGUUUUUGUGUGUGCGUGUGCGUGCGUAUGUAGAUUUUAGAAUGGACUUGCAAGUUCCUGAAAGUUCUUGGAGUCCUUAAGCUGACAGUAGUCAUAAGUGAACUCAGCUACUUCCAGCUAACUUGGUUUGUGUUGUUUAGCUCCUUGAAAAUGUAAAGUAGGCUGGUCACUCUGAAGUGAGGGAAAGAAGAACUUCAUUUCCACAGUAGAUGAUAGCUUGCUAACUGGCUGUGCUGUCUGCAUCUGUUAGAUGGCAGCAAAUCGUUUCUUGGUGGUUCCAAAGAAGAUAUUUUGAACAAAGAAUGUAUUUGGGAAGGGAUCUGGAAGGUGUUCUUGUUUGUGUGCUUUUUUUUUCCCCCCUUUAUGGGAAGUAUCCUUCAUAACUUUCUAGGGAUGCAUUUGAAAUUUUAAGCUAGGUAUAAAUAAGAAUUUUAUACAGUAGCUUUAAAAAGAGCUUAGAAACCUAAUCUAACUUAGACAUAGUAAUGUGCCCUUUCCAUAGGUUUCCCCAUUGACUGUGGCAGAGAACGUGAAGGGAAGGGGGUAGGAUGGUACUUCUAAGAAAAGUAAGAGCUCUUUUAUUUCUCAUGUUUUAUGGAUUUCUUUUUUUUAAACUUCAGAGCAGAGUGUGCCAGCAUCUCUAGCAUCCUCCUUUAAAGUACAGGGUUUGAGAUUGUGACAAAUACUUCCCCAGGCUUCAGACAAUUCCCAGACCUGCUUCCUCAUCUGUUAGUCCUGCUCCCAACAUUUUCCAAAGAUUUUCCACCAGAAAGUCAUCCCGCUGCACUUUUUAUUUUCUUCUGUGGAAUAUCAUGAACAACAGAAUUGUCUUUUUUGUUUUUUAUCCUCCUGCCCAGCUGGCCCUACUGAUGUCAGCCCAGAACCUAACUGUAGUGGUUAAAGAUACUCAACCCAGGCUCCCUUCUUCUCCCAUCUUUCCUAUCCUAAUAACACUACUUAAGCUUUACAAAGAACCGACCUCUUUCCUCCUACCUUUAUGACUCUUAAAUGGUCAAAUGUGUUGGAGAAAUUGGGUUAUUGCUAAACGCAAGAUACUGCAGUCCCUCUGGUGUAAAUGCCAUCAGAACUACAACACUUCCUGUUGAAAAAGGUCACCCUUCUUUCUCUCUUAACCUCUCCCAUCCUUCCCCCAACAGAAUAAAACACUAGAAUUUAUUUAUACAUAUUUGAUGUUGUAGGUCUAGGUGAAAAAGUAAUUGUUUCACUGCUCUAUUUAUAUAUUAUGUCUGAAUUAUUCUGUGUAGGAAAGGCCAAGAAAUGCAUGUGAGCUUCAUUCCAUUCCUCUCCUUUGCGUGACUGUCAGCUGCAGUUGGCGAGGCACUCUUCCACUUAAUGGAAUUCUGUGUGAUGGAACGCAGUUACAGAGCCCAGAUUUCUAAGGUGCAAUAUCCUAUUUCUCCGGCAUGUAGUUUUGUUUGUUUAAAGCUAGCACGAGGUUACUGAUGUUAGUAAGCAGUGCUCUGGAGUCAGAAGGAAGGUCUCUGAUUCUCAAGGUGCAGAAAUGCCAGGGUUUGCUGAUAACAGUUCAGCUUGGGAAGUAGAGAAUGGCAGUGUUUAAUGCUGAUGUUUCUAAGGGGAUACUUCAGUUUACUGUCUCCACUGCUGAAGGGUAAUGCCCUAAUGAUUUAUUUCUUUGCAAGAUGCUUUCAUUUUGACUGGAAUUCUGCUACACACAGUAGGCUCCUGCUGGAAGGAUGCAGUGUGCAGUGGAAGGGAGAGGUGGGAUCUGCAUUUUCAGCAAAAACGGGUGAGGCAGAAGUAUUCGGAGGCUGACUUUGCUGCUUUUUGUACAGCUGAAGGUCUAAAUCAUGUGUAAACAGUUCUACACACAGUGAUUCACAGCCUAGCCAGCUGCAUGUCGUGCUGCUUUCCUUUCCAGCUCAGCUUGCUUUUAGCCUGCAGUGAAAAACAAUAAUAAAGGUUAGGGGGAAAAAAAUAAUGUUCCAGUGUAUUUUCAAAUGACAGGUGGAAGCACCAGUGAAACAGCUAUUGUUAUCUUCCCUAAUUCACUCUUGGCUCUGCCACAUAACAGCUAUACAGUAGUCAGCCACUCAGUGUGUUGCAGCCCAUUGAACUCCACGUGUGUGUUCAUGGGGACGCAUUUAACAGUUUCCUUACAAGAAUGCUGCAAAGCUACAUGGUGCCCUGUGGUUCCUGUGUGUUUAUGGAUAUAUAUUAAAACAAUGAGAUUAGCUUUUUUUGCUAUGUCUCACAUUCUGGCAGGCAACUAUAUUCACUGCAUGCUAAGAUCUCGUUUGGUUGCAUUUUGCUGACCUUUUGUUUCCCUUCUGUCUUAGCUAAGCGUAGAUUAAUCCUUGCAAUGUGGGUUAUUUUCAGUGUCCAGCAGCAGCCCAGUUUAUUUAUAAGAAAGAUGCACCUGUAAACAAAGAUCACUUUACAGCAGGCAUCGGGAUAGCUGGGCAGCCCAGCAGGCACGAGCUGAAGCAGGCUGCUGGCUGUGAAGAGACAGCAGCAGGUGGUUGGGUUGAAGUUUUUCUUCUUUCCCCCAAAGACCCCCAGACGUUACUCAUGGCUGCAGGUGCCUGCUGGGGUUCAGGACGGCCGCAGCAGCGAGGCGCUCACCCUUGGCAUGUCUCAAGGCUGGAACCCCCCCCUCUGGCUCUCUGUGGAUCGCAUUUGUUGUUUCUCAAGGGGAUAUUGCACUCCUCCGAGCUUUUAACCUCAUCACUUGUGUAGUACUUUUGUUUCCUGCUAAUCUCAUCACUUGUAUAGUACAUUUUUUUGGCCUUUCCUUUCUUUGUCUUUCCAUGUAGACCAGAUAUUUGAAAGGGCAGACGAUGGAUAAUUGUGUAACGUGCAACCUGUUAAUAUUUUUUGGAAACUUUUACUUGGACCGGAACUCGAAUCACGGCAUCACCAGGCCAGUUGCGGCACACUCUUUAUUGCCCUUUUUCCUCAUUUCAGUACCUAUUGUUUCUCCUUUCAAAUAUGUGAUUGUAUUAGCUCUUUCCAUAUGAAAGAAUUCUCCUUAUUUAAAUAAAAAAAAAAUAAAAAAUAAAGCAGAUUAUGCUUUU